UGCGCAAACUCGGCCCUAUUUCCGGUACGAUUAAAAAAAGUUGACUGCCAGCUGAGAAAGAAAGAAUGUUAUAAAUUUUCAAAUUUCUAUCGACAUUUGGGUAUUUUAACGUUGUUACUAUGGCUAACGAAGAUAAAGAUGACGGUAGUUUGUCACCAGACCACUGGAUGAAUAGUUUUGAAGAGGAAUGUUUAGAGGAACUUGAUUCUGAACCCAAUAUGGAGGAUUGUCUGCGAACUCAACGAGAAUUCGCACAACAAAAACUUUGGUUACAAUUUCAAAAUUCUGCGACUUCAGUGGCACAGCUUUAUAAAGAUCGAAUUCAAGAUCAUUCUGUAUGGAUUCCAUUUCAGAAUGCUGCUUCUUCAGUUACUCAUUUGUACAAAGAUAGUGUUGAUUCAUUAGAAACAUGCGUAGAUGUUGGAGUACAAAGGGGGAAACAACACAGAACUAAAGACAUUAUCUCAUGGGUGAAAAAAAGAAGGCGACAUAUUCGCAGGGAAGACCUUAUAGCAUUCCUUUGCGGGAAGAAUCCACCAAAUCGCCAUCGUACUAAACAUAAUCAUAACAGAACAUUAGAACGAUCACAUUCACCAAGAGUAAAUAAUGGGGAAUCAAUCCAGCAAACAUCUGAACCAGACCUGCAAGCAUUUAGAGAAGCUAUUUCUCUACAAGGUUUGAAUGGUGCUAUGUCAAACAUCAGUGUUGGUUACAAAGGACAUAACGGACCAUCCAAUUCUCAACCAAUCGCGGGUAGAAAUAAUAGCUUAGAAGAACUUAAUAAAUUUAUUUUGGAUGAAUUUGCAAGAAACUAUGAUUCAAGGAAAAGAACCUCUUCACCAGAUCAUGUAAAAAUGGACUCUCCAUCACGAAAGAAAAGUAGAAAGUUUUAAAAACAUUUGAUGAAUUUGUAUUUGUUUAUAUGCAUAAAUGUGCAUAGAGAAUGCUAAAUUGUGAAUGUCAAAACAAAAUAAAAAUAUUUACAACAGAAAUUACAUUGGUCUUGAAACAUUGAUUUUUUGGUUUGAAUUCUGUUGUUUUCACAUAAAUUUAAAAAAAAAAUAGAAUUACUGUUUAUAUUUCAAAGAAAGUUUCAAUUUAGAAGAAAAGAUAUCCUCUUUUGAUUUUAUUUUGAGAUUGGCUGUAUUUCAAGUAUAAGUUUACAUCGAAAUUAAAGAAGUUUGUGGAUUUGUAUUGAAAAAUAACAUUUUCACCAAUCAGUAGAAAGCAAUAUUGGUUUAAUCAUAUUACAUAUUUUCACAAAAAUACCAACAAUGUAUUCCCAUUUGGAAACUGCAUGUUUGUCUCAAAACACAAAAUUAUUACUGCAUUAUUAUUUUUUAACAAGGCAAAACCAGAAUUAGACAUUAUCUCUGUUUUUCAACAUCAAAUAUUCUAGAAAAUAAACAAGUAAUCUGGAAAUUUUAUACGACAGACUAUUUAUAAUUUACAGUAAAACACAUUAAACAAUCACAUCUGAGGUUAAACAAAAAGUCAAAAUACAGUGACCGAUAAAAGAAGAACAAUUGUUCAGUGGUUGUUUUCAGAAAUUAUAAUGCAUAUUUCAUUUUUAUUUAUUUUCAAAAUUUUUACAGUAUUUCAAUGUAAACGAGACAAACAUGUAUCCAUUAUUUUCAGAAGUUUUGUUAUUGAAUAUAAACAUUAAUGAUCUUAAGUAUAGAGAUGUUUUCUAAGGUAUUUUGCCAGCUGUGAUGAUAUGCUGAUGUUGUUUUUCAUUUUGUAAAAAGUAUCAUUUGUUACUGUGUGAAAAGCUUGUUGCUCAAUGUAUCAAUCUGUUCAUAAGAAAUUGUAAGACAGAUCUUUAUCAGAAUGUGUUCAUUAUUUUAACUGGUAUAUUACUAGUCUUUCUAAUGAAAUUGAUAUUUAUGUCAAAAUGAAUUUUAUAUGUACAGGAAUACAAUUUAUCAGUUGCUCUAACAUUUUUGGUGUUUGUAGAAUUACAUCUGUCUCUAUAGUAAAGUUUUAGUUUAUAAUUUUCUCAUUUUCAGGCAGUU